AUGUCUGCAGUUACGGGCACGUUCCGGAUCGUGUCGGAGGAGGAGCAGGCCCUGCGCACCAAGCUGGAGCGCCUCACCACCAAGGACCAUGGCCCUGUCUUUGGGAGGUGCGAGAAGAUCCCCGCACACACCCUGCAGAAGGCAAAGGAUGAGCUGAACGAGACGGAGGAGAAGAGGGAGGUGGCAGUGAAGGCGCUGCGGGAGCUGGUGCAGGAGCGGGCGGGCGGUGAGGAUGUUUGCCAGAAGGUGGCCGAGAAGGUGCAGGAGAAGGACGACUCCUUCCUGCUCCGCUUCAUCCGUGCUCGCAAGUUCGAUGUGCACAGAGCCUACGACCUGCUGAAAGGCUACGUCAACUUCCGCCAGCAGUACCCCGAGCUCUUUGACAACCUGAGCCCCGAGGCCGUGCGCAGCACCAUCGAGGCCGGCUACCCCGGCAUCCUGGCCAGCAGGGACAAGUACGGGCGGGUGGUGAUGCUCUUCAACAUCGAGAACUGGGAUUACGAGGAGAUCACCUUUGAUGAGAUUCUUCGUGCCUAUUGUAUUAUCCUGGAGAAGCUACUGGAGAACGAAGAGACCCAGAUCAAUGGGUUCUGCAUCAUUGAGAACUUCAAGGGCUUCACCAUGCAGCAGGCAUCAGGGAUCAAACCCUCCGAGCUCAAGAAGAUGGUGGACAUGCUGCAGGACUCCUUCCCAGCACGGUUCAAGGCCGUCCACUUCAUCCACCAGCCUUGGUACUUCACCACCACCUACAACGUGGUGAAACCGUUCCUGAAGAGCAAACUGCUGGAGAGGGUCUUUGUGCACGGCGAGGAGCUGGAAUCCUUCUACCAGGAGAUCGACGCUGACAUCUUGCCAGCAGACUUUGGUGGCAACCUGCCCAAGUACGAUGGCAAAGCAACUGCAGAGAAGCUCUUUGGGCCUCGCAUCGAGUCCGAGGACACGGCUCUCUAAAGAGGGAGCCUGCUGCCCUCUCCUGUACCACAGCACCAGAGGUGGCCCUCUAACCCAGCCACCUCCCUCCUGUAGCAUUGGUUGAGUGACUGCUCGUGCUGGGGCGCUCCAGGCGUGUUGUUCCACGCCUCUCCCUCCUGUCCCCACUCCAGGCAGGGCUGCCCCUCCCAGGAACAGCACCCUUCCCUCCAGAGCCGGUGGAGAAAGGAGGCCACCAGCCCUCUCCCACAGCAUUUCCUGGAGCUGUGAGGGGAGGACAGGAGAGUGUCUGCUCUGGGAAGGGAGGGCUACGGUGAGGGAGAAAUAAA